UACAAUGCAUCAUACAGUUCUGUAAUAUGGAAAAAUACUUAGUUUUCCCGCGCGUAUUUUGAUGUACAUUGAACAGUUUUACGAAUUUUUUUUAGCACUGUUUAUAUCAUAUUUUAUAUUUAUAGCAAUAAUACAUAAAUAGAUAGUUUUAAUCAACACAUAAUUGCGUGAUUUUUAUUUAAUCUCAUACUCUGAAUUCUGCAGAGAUGGAUCUGCCUUGUGAUUGGCAGAUCAACAAACAAAAACUUUUAGAACGUACUCAAUAUUUAUUAGCAACAGGACAAUGGUCUGACUGCAAGUUUGUAGUUGGUCAAGAACCCCAUCAACAAACAUUAAAAGUACAUAAAUUAUUUUUAGCUAUGUCUAGUCCUGUUUUUGAAGCUAUGUUUUUUGGGGGUAUGGCAGAAAAAAAUGAUUUGAUAUCUAUUGAAGAUGUUCAACCAGAAGCUUUUAAAGCUCUAUUGGAAUACAUAUAUACAGAUCGAGUUGAUUUAAAUUCUUUUGAAUUAGCCUGUGAAUUAUGUUAUUGUGCCAAAAAAUACAUGCUUCCUCCUUUGAUAAAAGAAUGUACAAAAUAUCUAUGUUCUGAUGUGUCUCCAAAAACAGCUUGCAGAGCAUAUGAAUUUGCUAGAUUAUUUGAUGAACGUACAUUGAUGGAAAAGUGUCUUGAAAUUAUUUGUACAAGGACGAAUGAAGUUUUAAGAGAACCUAAUUGGGAAGAAGUUGAAUUAGAAACACUAUUAACAGUGUUAGAACAAGAAGAUUUACAAAUAAACUCUGAAGUGGAAUUAUUUAUUGCAGUGGAACGUUGGGCAAAAGCUGAAUGCACAAGAAAAUCUCUUGAUCCUAAUGAUGGAAAGUCUUUAAAAUCAGUAAUUGGUAACGCAUUAUCAAAAAUUAGAUUUUUAAGUUUAAGUGCUCAGGAAUUUGCAGAAGGACCAGGAAUGUCACCAUUGCUUACUCAAGAUGAAACUUUUGCAAUACUCAUGAAUACAUUAUGUACUGGGAAUAAAGCACCUAUGCCUGAAGGAUUUUCAACUAAUUCACAUAGUAGAGUUAAUAUAUGCAAACCUCCAAUUACACAUAUAACUUGUUCGCUUAAGUCAGUUAAUCCAUGUUAUAAACCAGUUGAUCCAUAUUUUAAAUCAUUUAUGCCACACUAUUGGUCUUCAUAUGAUCAACCUGUAUCUAUUAAUGAAGCUGAAUCUAGCGGUACAUUAUCAAAUGCAUUGCCAAUAAUGGGAGUAAGAAAGGAUGCUGAAAAUUUAUCUAUGAACAAUUCAUCUCCUGUUGUAAUUGAAAGUGCUAUGCGAGAAUUAACAAAACAAUAUUGCUUAAGAUCUUUACCUCGAAAUAGUAUUAUAACGAAAUGUGUUAAUACAAAUGUAUUAGAAUGUUCCGUAACAUUUAGUGUAGACAAAAAUAUUUGGGUAUUAGGUGUGCAAGUACCUACACAAAUUAACGACAAUACUUAUCGUAUUGAUAGCGUUUCAUAUACCGAAGUUUUAUAUGCUCAUCUUCUCGAUUCAGAUAAUACUCGAUUAACUUAUACGCAUUUUUCUACGAAAGUAAAAAUGAAUACUCUUGUGGAAAUUACGUUUAAUCGAGCUGUUUGUAUUCUAAAGAAUAAGGUUUAUCGAGUUGGAGUAGUAUUUAAUGCACGUGGCAAGUAUCCAAUAGGAAUUUGUACACAAAAUAUGACCUGUGAUUCUGUAUCCUUUUCAUUCCGCGUUGGUAAUAGUUCAGAUAAUGUACGAGAUGGUCUCAUUCGAUCUAUAGUUUUUACACAUCAUGAUACCAAUAAUAUGUAAUACCAAUAAUAAAAAUGGCUUACAUAAAAAAAUGAAUUUAAAUACGUAUUUUAAAUUUUAAUAAUGAAAUAGUAUAUUUUAUUCUGUUUUAUACUUCUAAUGUAUUAUUAUAUUUUUUAAAUUAUGUCGGUGCUAUCAUUAAAAACUGUACAAAAAUUCAUUGGUUCUAGUUAUAAUAAGAAUCUAAUUUGUAUAAAACAA